AUGGACCUCGACCCGCCCGCCGGGGCCGACGUGCCGCCGUAUGGCCUCGCCGGAUCGUCGCUCCCGGAAGCCCAGCCGAGCCUCGCUCAUCCCGCCGACGGCUCCGGCCUGUCGCUCGACCGCCGGCCCAAGAAGUCGUCGACGACCUGUGCCGUGUGCCGAUUCCGCAAGGUGCGCUGCAACGGCGCGCGCCCCUGCUGCGGCAAUUGCCAGCGCCUCGGCUUCCCCUGCUCCUACGAUGAUGCCGAUGUCGACGCCUGGUCCCUGUCGUUGCCGCGCCGUCGGGUCAAGCAAGCUUGUCUGAGCUGCCACAGCCGCAAGGCGCGGUGCUCCGGCCAUCUCCCCUCGUGCGAACGAUGUCGAGUCCAGGGCAUCGAAUGUGUCUACCGGCCAAACAAACGUGCCAAGCCCUCAGAGUCAGAUCGAGACGGUGCUAGGGAGAACCGCAGCCACAGAGAGAACCGAGAUCACGACGAAGGACGCAACGAUAGCCCGGCGUUGACUGAAGCAGCCAGUUCUGCGAGUCCCGGGGGAGAUAACCAUGAAGGUCCUCAUAUAGAUGAAAGCUUCAACUCCAUUGUCAGCCGUGCAUUUGACCUCUUCUUCCGCCACGUUCACCACAUGGCCAUGUUCACCUUCCUACAUCGCGCCUCUCUGAUGGAGCAAUAUCACACCGGCAAGGUCGAGAGACCGCUUCUUCUGGCCAUUGUCGGCAUCACGUCAUGCUUGACCAACAUGGGGCCCGGCAUGCGCGAGUACGGAAACCGCUGCAUCAACGAGGCCGAGGCCCUUCUGCUUGCCGACUACAGCCGUCCGUCCAUUGUCAAGAUCCAGGCGCUCGUCUUCGUCAUCAAGCAUCGCAUCCUCUGCAACAAAUUCUCCAGCGCCUUUGUCCUCCAUAGCUUUGCCUCUCGCUACGCCACUGCUCUGCGUCUCAACUAUGAGGCGCCGCAUCUUCGCUUCCUGGCCCAGGAGUCUCGCCGACGCCUCAUGUGGGCCAUGUACUGCAUCGACACCAGCAUCUGCGGCGGAUAUCCCGACUUUGUCCUCUGGAGGGCCGACCAGAUCCACGUCUAUCUGCCAUGCAACGAGCGCAACUUUGAGUUCGACCUGCCGCAGCAUACAGAGAAGCUCGUGCCGGAUACACAUCAGCCCCGGCCACCACUCGCCGAAGACGUCGGGACUUUGGCUCUUCAUGCACGCAUCCUCCACAUCCGCCAGAAGAUUAUCGAAUUCACAAAGGUGGCCCAGUACGACCGUGGCAUGGAAGCCGCCGAGCUGCAAGGUCGCAUCUUUGCGCUGGACAAGGAGCUCAACGACUUUGCCACCAACCUGCCAACCUCAUUCCAGUUCUCCGAGAACUCGCUCCGUCUCCGCGCCUACUCCCCGCGACUCUGUGUCUUUGUCAUGAUCCACAUCUGGUGGCGCCAGUGCUACUGCGAUCUCUACCGCCUCGCCCUGGUCGACAUCAGCGGUGGGCUGCCGCAGUCCAUGCUCGACAUGUUUGACCAAGGCUUCCUUGAGCACUGUCACAGGCAGUGUGUGGAUCACUCCCUGGCGCUGACUCUCAUCUUUUCGCUCAUCCAGAAGCUUGAUGCGAAGCCAGUGGCAGAUAUUGACCUUGCCAUGUGCGCUUAUCAGUGCGCGCGGAUGCUCAUGCAUCUUUUCCAGUUUGGCAUCUUCAGCCGUUUCGGCGUCGCGGCAGACACCGUCAUGGAGCAGGCCCAACUGUGUCUGCAAACCAUAAAGGACUGCUGUGUAGGGCCCGCGGUGGACUGUAUCGUAGCAGAUUUGGAGAGGCUAGUCAACCGAGACGCAAGGGCCGUAACGGGAGAAGGAAUCGUGUCCGCCGACUUGUCGCAGCAGACAAUGCCUCAAAAUAUCCAAAUCACAGACGCAUCGGAUGUGCUCGGUGCCCCCACCACGACCGGUCUGCAGCCCUUCAACCCUCCCUCAAAUGCCGUCAACAACACCGUCUCGUCUUUUACUCAUCCCGUCAUGACUGCUCCGUGGAUGUCGGAAACGGCCUUUGCGCCAGGCCUAGAUCAGCAGACUCUCCCUCCAGAGGUCCACGCCAAUCCCAGCAAGAGCGGAACUCCCAAUCUGUCUGCACCGCGGUCCGAGUAUGGACAGUCGGAUCUGAAUAAUGAGUAUGACGGUACUUUUGCAGGACUCGGGCUGGAUGAUGGAUUUGAUUAUAACAUGGGCAUGGACAUGAACAUGUGGGCUACGAAUGGAGGCAGCUGGACUGCGCCAGGAUUUGGGAGUACCUGGAUGGGAUGA